CCUGGGGGAUCCAGAAAUGAUGCCCCGUCUGCCGGGCGGCAGCAGGACAGCAUACACUGGCACAUUUUUGUCGGCAUGCCUGAUCUCUGCUUGCCAAGCCGUCCAGAGCUGCGGGGAGGUCCAGUGCGGCGUUAACCAGCAGUGCUGUCCGCCCACCGCCACCGGGAACGGCAGUGCCAGCUCGAAGGUGAGCUGCUGCCAGCUCUCUAUCCACGCAUUUUUCGACAAUGUUGGCUGGUUCACGCGGAAGCUGUCCGGCAUCCUGAUCCUGUUACUGCUCUUUGCCAUGGGCUACUUCAUCCAGCGGAUCAUCUGUCCGCGGCCCCGCCGGCACCCGCACCAGGACCGCAGCGACGAGCCGUCCCUCUUCCACGGACACGCAUCGGCGUCCCAGGAUUCCCUGUUGGAGCGGUACCCCGAAUACAGCCUCGGGGGCUUCGCCUCUCCAAACCUGCCAGCCUAUGACGAAGUUAAAUAUUUGCCCACCUAUGAGGAAAGCAUGCAAGACAUGCACAGAGACCGAUCCGAUGAUAACUUGUUGUCGGAAAACGAGAGUGGCGGCCAGGGCAGAGGGAGAGCAACAGGACCGAGAUCCGGAGACCAGAGGCUGGCUGCCCUGGAGGUCUCAGGACCUCAACAGAGCCCAAGGACAUCUCGGAACUAUGUUUGACGGAGACUGGGCAAGAUAAUAGAAACAUUAUUAUUCUUAUUUUAAUAUGUUCAGGGUAAAAAUCUUGCAGAGAUACAACGAACAA